UCCCGUCUUCCCGCUCACUUCAAACUACACCUGACGGACAACACAAUUCAAGCACAGACACAGGAGCUUCAACACACAGACAGAGGAACAUCAAGAACACAGCAACAGAGGAGGAGGAAGAAGAAGCAGGGCCAGAAGCAAGAACACACCGACGAAUGACCUUCAGCAUGGCGGCGACAGCAAUGGGUGACACCCGCCAGGAGUACAUGAUCCGAUUCGACGCCCACUUCGAGGAUCCAUCCCCGAGCUCAGCCAUCGCCGAGCCACCGCCACUGCCGCCGCAGCAGCCAUUCGCGGGCAGAGCGAUCACCCCGGAGCAGGAGCACAGCGCCAUGGUCGCCGCGCUGCUGCACGUCAUCUCCGGCUACACCACGCCGCCGCCGGACAUCUUCCCGGCGGCGGCGGCGGCGGCGCGCCGGGAGGCCUGCGCGGCGUGCGGCGUCGACGGCUGCCUCGGCUGCGAGUUCUUCGGCUCCGACGCCGCAUUGGACGGCGCGCAGAAGACGACCGCCUCCGCGCCGGCGCCGGCGGCCAAGCCGCAGAGGAAGCGGCGGAACAAGAAGAACAAGUACCGCGGCGUCAGGCAGCGGCCGUGGGGCAAGUGGGCGGCGGAGAUCCGCGACCCGCGCCGCGCCGUGCGCAAGUGGCUCGGGACCUUCGACACCGCCGAGGAGGCCGCCAGGGCCUACGACAGCGCCGCCAUCGAGUUCCGCGGCCCGCGCGCAAAGCUCAACUUCCCCUUCCCCGAGCAGCAGCAUCGGACUCUCGACGCCAGCCAGCCCAAGGACGACGACGACGGCAAUGCCGCGGCAAAAUCAGACACCUACACUCCCUCGCCCCGAAGCGCGCCGGACGUCGUCGAGGUCCGGGUGCCGCAGGGGUGGGAGGAAACAGGGGACCAGCUGCUCUGGGACGGCCUGCAGGACCUGAUGAAGAUAGACGACACCGAGCUCUGGUUCCCGCGGUCUUCCAAUUCCUGGAAUUGAACCUGCCUGUCCUGCCUGAUUAGAUGAUCCCAGCCGUUGGGCUGGAGUAGAGUGGAAAAGACCACACUGGCUCUCUCUUUUUUACUUUACUUCUUCUUUCUUACUAGUAGUACCUCUGUUGUAUUAUUUGACCGAAACAGAGUUUGUGAAUUACACUACUACUAGGGUUGGCUGUAUCAACUGUAUACCUAUUAAUGAGGCAAUUUUGGGUUU